CCAGUGGCGGAACACGGCCCGGGGGUCGGGGCACGUUUUCUAAUUUCGGCCUUACGUGCAACCCCACCUAGCGGCAACGGAAGGACAUACAACUGCAAGUGGAGAUAUUUGAUCUUGCCAAAUACAACGCGUGGCGGCUGCGCCCUAAAGCAGGUGUUGUAAUCGGGCUUAGGGUUCAGAGGGUCCCGGGACGAGGAAGGACGGGUAUGGUCACCGCGGAGGGUCGACGAAGAAGGCGGGCCCAGGGUGGCGGACUGCGGUACUCGCACUGACGGCCCUCGGGGCCUGGAGCAUGUUCCUGCGGAGAAGCCGCUGGGCAAUCGGCGGCUUGGGCAGGGUGCUAAGCGGACCGGUGAGAGCAGGCACCGGGGAGCUGCGGCCAGGCCUAAGCCUCAGCCUCCACGAACGGACCUCCUCGCUUCUGCACGGGUGGGACUGCCGGCCGCAGGGCUCGGCCGCGCUCCCCUUCCUGGCAGCCGGGCCUGGAUCAGGACUCCGGUUCACGGUCACCUGGCCCCGUCCUGUGUCCGGCCGAAGGCCAUGGUGCUGCGCCUUCCUCCGGAAGCAGGUGGGUCCCGAAGUCGGGCCCGCCCGCCGCUACGGAGCCGGGAAACCCGCUCCUAAGAGACAAGCCGCCGAGCCCUGCUCGUACACUGGGCCCGGAGAGAAGGGAGAAGAGCGAGCGGCGGCGGCCGCCGCUGGGUCUCCAGAGCUGUAUGAAAAUCCAUGGACAAUUCCAAACUUACUAUGUAUGGCGAGGAUUGGCUUAUCACCCUAUUUGGGCUACCUGAUUGUAGGAGAAGAAUUCAAUUUAGCCCUUGGUCUUUUUACAUUGGCGGGCAUUACUGAUCUGUUGGACGGUUACAUUGCACGAAACUGGGCUAAUCAGAAAUCGGCUUUGGGGAGCGCCCUGGACCCGUUAGCAGAUAAAAUUCUGAUCAGCAUUCUGUACAUCAGUCUCACUUGUGCUGAACUCAUUCCAGGACCAUCUGGAUCACAUAAGCUGAUUGAAAAUAAAGCUCCUCUUACUGUUAUGGUCCUUUUGCGAGAUGUUAUCUUGGUUGCAGCUGGUUUCUAUAUUAGAUACCGAACGGUUCCAACACCAAGGACACUGAGCAAGUAUUUCAACCCAUGUUAUGCUACUGCCCAAUUAAAACCAACAUUUAUCAGCAAGGUUAACACAGCGGUUCAACUUGUACUAGUGGCUGCAUCACUAGCAGCUCCAGUUUUUCAGUUUGUGGACAGCAUGUUCCUUCAUACUUUAUGAUAGGUGACCAGAAGUGUACACAAUUCUGCAAAUUGGGCCUCACCAGCAUCUUAUACGACUUCAGCAUGACAUCCCAAUUCCUGCACCAAGGAGCUGAUUAUUGACUUCAGGAGGAAGAAACCAGAGGUCCAUGAGCCAGUCUUCAUCGGGGGAUCAGAGGUGAAAGAGGGUCAGCAACUUUAAAUUCCAUAGUGUUACCAUUUCAGAGGAUCUGUCCUGGGUCCAACAGAGAAGUGCCAUUAUGAUGAAAGCACAGCAGCCUUUCUACUUUGAAGUUUGCAAAGACUUUACAUGUUAUCUAAAAUUUGACAGACUUUUAUAGAUGUGUGGUGAGACUUUAUUGACUGGUUGCAUCGCAGUCUGAACACCAAUGCCCUUGAAUGGAAAAACCUACAAAAAGUAGUUGAUAUGGCCGAGUCCAUCAUAGAAGAAACCCUCCCCACCAUUAAGCACAUUUACAUGGAGUGCUGUUGGAGGAAAGGCACAUCGAUCAUCGAGGACCCCCGCAAUCUAGGCAUGCUCUGUUCUUGUUGCUGCCAUCAGGAAGAGGGUACAGAAGCUCCAGGACUCACCAUCAGGCCCUUGUACUAAAGGAAGAAUUUCACUCAACUUCACCCGCACCAUCACUGAACUGUUCCCACAGCCUAUGGACUCACUUUCAAGACUCUUUAUCUCACUUUCUCAAUAUUUAUUGUUUAUUUAUUAUAAUUACUUCCUUUUUUGUAUUUGCACAGUUUGUUGUAUUUUGCACAAGAAGUACAUAUAUAUCAUUAUAUACAACUGAGAUUCAUUUUCUUGAAGGGAUUCACAGUAAAUAGUGGAAACACAAUAGAAUUAAUGAAAGACUGCACCCAACAUGACAGACAAACAUUGUCUGCAAAUCCCCACCAGAAAAUGAAUCCCAGGGUUGUAUAUGAUGAUAUAUAUGUACUGUGAUAAU